AUGGCAACGCCCACUGUGUCAACAUACCACUGUAUCUGCUCAGAACUGCUUCUAGCGACACCGAUCCCAUUGGACACAUUACCACUGAGACAGAGCGACAAAUCGCAUAUUUGCAAAAUCAACCAAGGCGAAAGUAUCGCCGCCGAUUCAGCCGUCCUGACGAAAGCGGCGCGAUUUGAUUCAAAUUCUUUGAUCCUGAAACUUGAGGAUGGCUUCGAGAAGCGCUAUCUGAUCAAGUGUGGAAGGUGCGGCGUGGCUUUUGCUUACAGGUUGGACGAAAUUCUGUGGAAUGAGACUGAUGACGGUGGAGUCAAGGAGGAUGUGGCCUUUCUUUUGCCGAAUGGUUUGGUCACGACUAAGGAUAUGGAGAGUGGAGAGAAAUUGACAGAAAAGGAAGCCGAGUUGCAGGUACAGGUGAUGGGUUGA